AUGUGUAAGUGUAUAAUAACUGUUAUAUUAACAGCGGGUAUUAUCGCAACCAAUGCAACACCAUCUUGCAGAUUUUAUGAUGAAAAUAAAAACAAUUUUGUGUGUUCUCCAGUUGGCACAGACUAUGAACUGAAAAAGGGUCUGGUUUCAAAUCAAGAUAAUGUUAAAUCAAUAAGUUUAAGAGGCUGUGGUAUUACAGAUAUCGACUGUGAUGCAUUUGUUGGAUUACCAAUGCUGCAACAUUUGGAUAUAGCUGAAAAUAAACUGCAAGAGCUAAAGCCAUGUACCUUAGUAUCUUUGCCUCAACUUAAUUCCUUAGAUUUAUCAUUUAAUAAAAUAUCAGUACUAUCACCUGGAACUUUUGAUCAUCUAAAUAAUAUCGAAGAGCUUUAUUUAAAAGGCAAUGAACUACGAAAUCUACAGAAUGAAAUUUUCGAUAAAUUGAAAAAGUUAAAUGUAUUGGAUUUAUCUAACAACGUCAUUGAUGGCAGUAAUUUGAGUCCUCGUAUUUUUGAUAACAAUAAGAUUAUAACAUCGUUGGAUUUAUCAAGGAAUGAUAUGUCAAGAGCACAUGAAAAUUUACUUCAAUCGUUUCAGACAUUACAGUCUUUAUAUUUAGAUAGAUGCUUUUUAACGCGUGUUCCUUCAUUCGUAACCAAGAGUAACCUCAAAACGUUGCAGCAAUUGAUACUGUCUACAAAUCAAAUAACUAAUCUGGAUGACCCGACAAGCUUCAUCAACAUGGACGAACUUAUAAUGUUGGAUUUUGCUGGCAACUCAAUAGAGAGUGUCGCUGAAAAUGUUUUUACACCAUUAAGAAAGCUUAAAACGAUUGUGUUAAAGCAUAAUCAUUUGAAACAGAUUCCAGAAAAAUUGUUUCAGAAUAUGCCGAAGUUGGUUAAUAUCGAUUUGUCAUAUAACGAUAUUCAAGUAAUAAACUUAGCUUCGUUCCGUAAUACACCGAUGAAAAAUUUGAAUUUAUCUGGGAAUAAUUUGACUUAUAUGCCUGUGAACUUUUAUGGGACAUUGAUAAGCUUUGGAGGGAAAUUAAAGAAAUUUUUAUUCACCAAUAAUCCUUGGCAGUGUGCUUGUUUGCGGGACAUCUUACAGGAGGUCAAGGAACAUAAUAUUGAAUAUAAUAUGACUGUUUACGAUGGAAAACUCUCUGUUUGCGUCAGUGAUGGUGAUUUUAUUUGCAAUAGAGGAUAA